GUGGUGAUCGGAGGCAUGUUUCCCAUUCACAAGCGCAUCGCUGGCCAGGAUGGCAACACCUCCAGGCUGCCGGUCUCUUCUGGAUGUGAGGGGUUCAAUUACCGCACCUUCCGCUGGACUCAGACGAUGCUGUUUGCCAUCAACGAAAUCAACGGCAGGGAAGACCUGCUGCCCAACACGGACCUGGGCUACGUCAUCUACGACUCCUGCUUCACCAUCUCCAAGGCUGUGGAGGGCACGCUCACCUACCUGACCGGGCAGGACGAGGCUGUCCCCAACUAUCGCUGCGGCAAUGGAGCCCCCCUGGCAGCGCUGGUGGGGGCCGGGGGCUCCGAUCUGUCCAUCGCCACUGCCCGGAUACUGGGUCUCUACUACUUUCCACAGGUCAGCUACUCCUCGUCCUGCUCUGCUCUCCAGAGCAAGUUCCAGUUCCCAACCUUCCUCAGGACCAUCCCCAACGACAAGCACCAGUCCAGAGCCAUGGCCCAGCUGGUGCUGCACUUCGGCUGGACCUGGGUGGGAACCAUCGCCGCCGACGAUGACUACGGCAAGUACGGCAUCAAAGACUUCAGAUCCCAAGUGGAGGAGGCCGGUGUCUGCAUCUCCUUCUCCGAAACUCUCCCCAAGGUCAGCUCUCCAGAAGCCAUCCAGCGCAUUGUCAGAACCGUGGUGGAGUCCAGCGCCAAGAUCAUCGUGGUCUUCUCAUCCGACGUGGACCUCAGUCCUCUGGUCCAGGAGCUCCUGCGCCACAAUGUCUCCGAGCGCACGUGGAUCGCCAGCGAGGCCUGGGUCACGUCUGCUCUGAUCAAUCAGCCGGGGGUGAGCUCCGUGCUGGCUGGCACGCUGGGCUUCGGCGUGAGGAGCGCUCACAUUCCUGGGCUGGAGCAGCACCUGCUGGACCUUGACCCUUACUCCGACCCUCUCACCGAGGAAUUCUGGGAAACCAUGUUUAAUUGUACGCUGGACUACGGUAAGGCUCUGAGAAUGGCAAAAGACGGCGUCGGAGAGAGGAAGGGGACGUGGCCCCGGGUGGCAGGGGGGCGUCCUGAGGGCCUGUGCUCGGGCCGUGAGCUGCUGGCUCAGCUCAACAACACCUACUCUGACGUCUCCCAGCUGCGGAUCACCUACAGCGUCUACAAAGCUGUGUACGCCGUCGCUCACGCCCUGCACAACCUGGAGAACUGUGCUCCGGGUGGAGGGCCGUUUCAUGGCAACAGUUGUGCCGACAUCAGCAACUUUGAACCCUGGCAGCUGAUGUACUACGUCAAGAACGUCCAUUUCAAAGUGCCUCACACGGAUGAGGAGAUCUUCUUUGAAAAUGGCGACGUGGAAGGCUACUACGACAUCAUCAACUGGAGCGUGGAUGGUAACGGGGAGAUUUCCUACGUCACCGUGGGCCAGUAUAACGGAUCAGCCGCGCCGGGAAGUCAGAUGACCAUCAGGAAUGACUCCAUCCUGUGGAACAGUGACCGGCUGCAGCCGCCUCGAUCGGUGUGCAGCGAGAACUGUCCGCCCGGGACCAGGAAGGGCAUCAGACAGGGCGAGCCGGUCUGCUGCUUCGACUGCAUCCCCUGCGCCGAUGGAGAGAUCAGCAACACCACCAAUGCUCGUGAGUGCUUCCUGUGCGGUGAGGAUCACUGGUCCAAUGACGCUCAUGAUGCUUGUGUGCCAAAAAUCAUCGAGUUCCUGGACUUUGGGGAACCUCUGGGAAUCACUCUCAUUGUCAUCUCAGCUUUCGGGGCUCUUGUGACAGUGUCAGUCGGGGUGGUGUUCGUGCUUCACCUUGGCUCUCCUCUGGUAAAAGCCAACGACUCUCUGUUGAGCUUCUCGCUGCUCUUCUCCUUGGUGGUGACCUUCCUGUGCUCCAUCGUCUUCCUCGGGGAGCCUCGACACUGGAGCUGCAUGACCAGUCAGGUGGCCCUGGCGCUGGGCUUCGCCCUCUGUCUCUCCUCCAUCAUGGCCAAGUCCCUGGUCCUGAUGCUGAGGGCUCAGGUCCUGAAGACGGCUCGCUCCAGAGCCAAAGCCGCCGCCAAGGCCGCCAAAGCUGCGGCAGAGGCGGCAGCGAGCAGCGGCGGCCCCGACGUCAUUGUCACAAACACCAACCACAGCAGUGACCUGCCGGCUUUCACCAGACCUGAGGUUGACGCCCUCACAUUUGCCCAGCAGAGGGCCGUAACAGCCGCAGCCACGUUGGUUCAGGCCGUGGCUUGCACAGUGUGGCUCAUCAUCCUCCCGCCCUUCCCGGUCAAGAACACGUCUGCGCAGAACAUCAAGAUCAUUCUGGAGUGCGACGAAGGCUCGGUGGUGUUCAUCUGCUGCAUCUUCGCCUACGACAUCCUGCUGGCCCUGCUGGCCUUCAUCUUCGCCUUCUUGGCUCGCAAGCUGGAGGACCACUUCAGCGAGGCCAAGUGCCUCACCUUCGGCAUGCUGGUCUUCUUCAUCGUCUGGAUCUCCUUCGUGCCGGCCUACCUCAGCACACGAGGCAAGUUCAUGGUCGCUGUUCAGAUUUUUGCCAUCCUGGCCUCCAGCUUCGGCCUCCUCAGCUGCAUCUUCCUUCCCAAGUGCUACGUUCUUCUGAUCAAACCGGAGCGAAACACGGAGGAGAUGAUGCGGCCGAGAGCCAAACCUCGUGACGGAUCGUCGACUGGCACCUCGGCCUCCCUGGCCACCGCUGCCACAGAGGUCACGGCCACCAGUGCCUCCACUAACCUCGAUGAUUAA